UUUCAUACGAGCAAACUUGUAAACUCAAUUGCAUGGUGGUAAAAAUGAAUACGAAAACGUUAAUAGUAUGGUUUCUUUUGUUAGCGGCUGUUGUUGUAGCUGUCGCGGCAGAGACUUCCGUGGAUGACAAGAAACAAGGUGAAAAGCAAGUAGAGAUACCAACCGUAGAAGGGAAAAACGACGCUAAGGAUACUCUCAAUCAAGGAGAAGUUGGCGUUGAGGCUACGGUUGAGAAAGAGGAAGAAAACAGUUAUGAAGUUGAUCAAGGAGGAGGAGGAUGGAAAGGAGGCGGUGGCCGAGGAGGUGGGGGAUGGAAGGGGGGUGGUGGCCGAGGAGGUGGGGGAUGGAAGGGAGGCGGUGGCCGAGGAGGUGGGGGAUGGAAAGGAGGUGGUGGCCGAGGAGGUGGGGGAUGGAAAGGAGGUGCUGAGUUAGACAGCGUAGAAAUAGAUAAGUCGUCAUCAGAUGAUGUACAAAAUUAUGGCGGAGGAUGGAAGGGAGGCGGUGGCAAAGGGGGAGGAUGGAAGGGAGGCGGUGGCCAAGGCGGAGGAUGGAAGGGAGGCGGUGGCCAAGGCGGAGGAUGGAAGGGAGGCGGUGGCAAAGGGGGAGGAUGGGGUGGAGGCGGUGGCAAAGGGGGAGGAUGGGGUGGAGGCGGUGCUGAGUUAGACACCGUAGAAAUGGAUAGUGCGUCAGAUGAUGAUGUACAAAAUUACGGCGGAGGAUGGAAAGGAGGCGGCGGACGAGGCGGAGGUUGGGGAGGCGGCGGACGAGGCGGAGGUUGGGGAGGCGGCGGACGUGGGGGAGGUUGGGGAGGCGGCGGACGUGGCGGCGGAGGUUGGGGAGGCGGCGGACGUGGCGGCGGAGGUUGGGGAGGCGGCGGACGAGGCGGAGGUUGGGGAGGCGGCGGACGAGGGGGAGGAUGGAAAGGCGGAGGAUGGUAGAGUAAUCGACCGUCUGGUCUGUACUCAACUGAAAGCCGAAUAUUAUGAGUAAGAGUAUGCAAAUAGUGAACUAUAAUAAAUAAAUAACGUCUCA